AUGUCUCCUGUACCAAAGGAAGAACGUGACAAACCAGUUGAUGAUAAUCCUGAAUGCAACAAUGUUGAAAAUGAUGAUAGUGUACCAGAUUUUAUUAUUACACUAACUAGUUCUGAAAGUGAAGCUGAAAGUGAUGCAGAUAUUGAGCAUGAUGGUUAUGAAUUGUUACCCCAAGAAGCAGAACUUAUUGAAUUUCAGCCACCUAUAGAAGCCCAUGAGACUGAUCCUGUAACACUUCUGCCAAACCUUCACCAACCACUUCCUGAGGAACCAUGUGUUUUGCCAUUCACAUUACCAGACGCACCUGCUGAAGAUGCUGCUUCAUUGUUAUGGAAUCAGGGAAACUCAGCUCCUCGACCUGAGAUGGAUAAAGGUCAGGAGGAAAGAGUUAGAGCUGCUAUGAAAGGAUUCCAGCUACCAAGUACUAACAUUCCUGACUGGGCCAAAAAUGUCCCAGAAGACAAGUGGAAAGAACAUUUAUUAGCUAAAUUACAUCAGUUAAACGCAAAGGAUUCAGAUGACAAUGACCCCAAACGAGACGACAAUUCACAAAAUGAUGAUACUUGUUUGAAGUGA